AUGAUACGAGCUCCCAUCAUCAACACGGCGCUAAAUGCUGCCAGCACAUUGCGACAAGUCUUGUCGGGCAAGAACGCUUUCGAGGAGGUGAUUUCAGCCAGAGGGGCGCAAGAACUUUGCCUUCGCGAUGUUUCAUCUGCGCCGCUUUGGCUGCUUGCAUGUAGACGAGCACGAGGUCACGCCGAAAAGGCUUUUGCCACAGGCUGCCCGACCGAAGUGGCAACCAGCCUUGCACGCUGGUCCGAGCUGACCCGCUUCGGACAGGUGUUGCAACACGUGGGUGUACUCAGACCUGCACUGCUACAAAGACAUUUGACCAAGCUUGCCAACAGCUGGUAUGAAACGGCAGUGGCUAGAGGAGUCCAGUCGGGGCUCCUCAAUCCUGCAGAGGUGCGGGGCAUCCCCGCUUCUGUUCUGUUACGUGCCUCUGUCGAGGACUCGACGUCCGAGCUCGUUACGCUGGCACAGAAGCAGCAGGAGAAUUUGCAGGUCUGCCUGCAGCAAGGCUUGGCUGGACAAAAAUUCUUGCACAUGAACGAUGAGGACCUUCGUGGCCUGACGGAGCAGAUGAAGUCUGUAUAUGCUAGUGAUCUUGGCUCUGCUGCGGUUUGGCGCCGAGCCAAAUACAAAGUUCCGGUUAGCUGGCAGGACAUGCACAAGAUUUCGGAUUAUUGCCAAAACGCCUCCACGCGACAACGCAUGUUCGAGGCGUACUAUGGGGGUUUCGACACCUCCGUGGACGAGGCGGCUCUUGAGCUUCUGAGAACACGCCGGCAGAUUGCUCAAAAGCUGGGCUUCAGGAGUUGGGCUGACCUGGAGAUGGCACCUUUGGCUCUGGGCGAUGAGGCAGGAGCACGUCGUUUCCUGGACCUCUGCUGGAAGGAUGCUCAGGCGUCUCUUGCUCCCGUGCACAAGCGAAUAGAAGAACGGAGCUCAAGAGACACAUCAG